AUGGUUGUAGAUGCCAACGGUACUAUCAGUAGCAACAUGAGAGCCUACAUGAUAGAGGAGAGGAUGAGAGAGACCAGCGCAGCGAACAUGAUCUCGGAGGCGCUCGUUCCACACUUACUGAAGAUUGCGCAGGACGCAGUGGAGGCAGCCGAGGCCACCUCGCCGACAACAACUUUACUGAUGGAGAAUGGAACUCAGUGCGGGGAGCAGAUUCUCAGCUAUGGCCAAGUGGAGAAAGUGCUUAUUGGUGCUGUCCUCACCAUGCUCACAUUGUUUACUAUUUGUGGGAACUUGCUGGUGGUGAUCUCCGUAUGUUUCGUGAAGAAGUUGCGGCAGCCGUCUAACUACUUGAUCGUAUCGCUGGCUGUUGCCGACCUCUCUGUCGCACUGGCCGUGAUGCCUUUUGUCAGCAUUACAGACCUAAUUGGGGGACAAUGGAUUUUUGGACAAUUUUUCUGUAACGUCUUCAUCGCCAUGGACGUGAUGUGCUGCACAGCGUCCAUCAUGAGCCUGUGCGUAAUAAGCAUAGACAGGUAUCUUGGCAUCACUAAACCCCUGACCUACCCUGUUAGGCAGAGCGGGCGCUGCAUGGCUAAGAUGGUCCUUUCAGUCUGGCUCCUCUCUGCCUCCAUCACCCUGCCUCCUCUUUUCGGCUGGGCCCAGAACGUUAACGAUAACAAGGUGUGUCUGAUCAGCCAGGACUUUGGCUACACAAUUUACUCCACCGCUGUCGCCUUCUACAUCCCCGUGUCUGUCAUGCUUUUCAUGUACUAUCACAUCUACCGUGCUGCCAAGCUCAGCGCUGCCAAGCACACCAUCACAGGCUUCCCCCGGGAGGGAGAGGAGACGCGAGGCCAGCAGAGACAAAAGGGAGAGACACCGGGAGAAGAAGACGAGGAGGAGAAAAGCGUGGACUGCGUGUCGGCCGCCUUCAAGCUCCACAGGGAGGUGGAGGAGUGCACGCGCUUGUCACGCCUCCUGAGGAACGACAGGAAGAACAUGUCCAUCUUCAAGCGGGAGCAGAAGGCGGCGACCACGCUGGGGAUCGUGGUGGGGGCCUUCAGUGUCUGCUGGCUGCCUUUCUUCCUCCUCUCCACGGCCCGGCCCUUCAUCUGCGGGGUGGAGUGCAGCUGUGUGCCCCUGUGGGUGGAGCGGACCCUGCUGUGGCUGGGUUACGCCAACUCCCUUAUUAACCCCUUCAUCUACGCCUUCUUCAACCGCGACCUGAGGACCACUUACAGCAACCUGCUGCGCUGCCGUUAUCGCAACAUUAACCGGAAGCUGUCUGCAGCCGGCAUGCACGAGGCCCUGAAGCUGGUGGAGAAGCCUGACUCUGUCAUUUAGCUGCUAGUGGGUCUCAGCUGGGCUGGUCCUGAUCUGAGGACUAGAAAGCUACAAGCUCUCCCCCCCAUGGACUACCUGCCUGCUUACAUUCAGACUAGCACUUGAACUGACCAAAUCUUUGCCAGAGAAACAUCAGAGAGACAAAUGCAAUUUCACGGGUCAUGGUUUCUGAAAUACAGAUCUAGAUUGUCCAAGAUACUCUUAAAAUAGUUCUCACCAGCUGGGUCUAUCGCAUGAGCGUGUGCAGUGGUCCAUGGUCUUCUACUAAGGGUCAAUGGGUUUGGAUCCAGGAUGUCAUCAUGUAGUUUAGCUGUACAGCACCAGAAUAGUAUAUGUCAGGAGAGAUCCUUACCAUCACAACAAGUAUAUCCAUGUGAAAUAUGAAGUAUAUAUUUUUAGAACUGUGCAGCCAUUGCUAAAAUGUGAACAACCUGGGGGUAACCACUGUCAGUAUUCUGUGUCAGAGAGGUUUGACCUUGAAGAAGUUAAUAAAAGAUCCAGUUCAUUGGACUGGUCGACUCAGAGUCACUUACCUGAACACUCAGUUGCCACCGACUUCAUACCUGAUGUAAAGGUUUCAAAUGAGGGUUAGUAAUGAUGUGUUGUCAGUAGGUCUUGUUGUGGCUCAGACAGUAGUAGGUUGUUUUGAUGUUGUCUCAUAGUUUUGGCAUUAAGGUAUCUUUGUAAAGGUCAGUUAUGUUGUGUACAAUAUAUGAUGUCAUGGAACACUUACUUAACGAUUGACAGUGAAAAUCUGCUUUUCCCUACACCUGUGGAAUAUAUUCAUAUCUGAAUAUUGAGAUAGGGGCCACGAGGACAGACAAAUCAUAUUAUAGUCAUAAAAACAUAAUCUGAUAUGAUAUUGUACAGUUAUUUGUGAGGGGUUUAUUUAUGUUUUUAAAAUUGCUCAAACACCAUGAAUGUCAAGAAAUGGACAUGCAAGAUGCUUAAACCGGACGUUUUGAGUGUCAUGCAUUCUUGAAAGCCCAAACAUAUUUUCUUACAAACACUACAGUGACAUCUUGUGAUUGUUGUUUACUUUCUUAUGGUUCCAAAUCAGUGUAUACUUUUUUCAA